AUGGCGCCAGACUUUAGUCGGAUGACGGUGGUUGAACUGCGCCAUGAAUUGAAGCAGCGCAACCUAUCCCAGACUGGGAAAAAGACGGACCUCAUCGACCGGCUGAAUGCAUUCGAGCGCGACCAAACCGCAUCAGAGACCCGUGAUGACCCUGCCGACAACAACCUGAAGCAAGAAGAGCCUGAUUUGCCGCAUGAUCUGGUCGAGAAGGAACCACCGUCCGAAGCUGCCUCCGAUGCGCCGAAGCCUUCAACAGUUGAAGAGCUACCGCAAGCUCCUGUCGGCACUCAAACUAUAGACGACGCAACCACGACCAGCACAGAGCCGCUCAAGCAACAGGAAGGAGACUCACUUCCGACUCAGAAUUCCGUCUCUGAUGACAGAGCUCCCAAGGCUACUGAUACCGACACGCUCCCGGCUACCGAACUCAUUACCGAUGCCGUGAGCCGCAAGCGUCGGUCUCGAAGCCCUCCACCCGAAACUGAGUCGUUCAGAAAGCGGGCGCGCACGAGCGAGCAGCCAGGUGAAGAAGACAUUUCUGAGUCGCGCGAAGCAGGCGACCAAGAUUUUGCUGAGGCCCAACCGGUAGCCGCUUCGCAAACGGCAGACAACUACGCAGCUACCCGCGAGACCUCUGAAAACAACCGGGGAGAGCAAGACGUCCGAUCCCAAGAUCCCGACUGGCGAGAGAACCGGGAGAUCACUUUAUCCCACUACCGAGAGCGACGCGCUGACGAUGUCGAUGAGCCUAUGACCGACUACGACAGGGACGUUGUUCCAGCUCAGCACCCCGCCACUUCUGCGCUCUACAUCAAGAAUUUUAUGAGACCCUUGAGGGAGUCAGCAGUCCGGGACUAUCUGAUCGACCUCGCCACAAUUCCCGGCGCCGAGCCCGAUUUAAAUUGCGUCGUGGAUUUCUUCCUCGACCCAAUCCGCACUCACGCAUUUGUGAGUUUCACCAGCAUCUCCGCUGCCUCGCGUGUUCGCACAGCUUUGCAUGGGACCGUUUGGCCCAACGAGCGCAACAGAAAGGAACUCUGGGUCGACUUCAUUCCUGAGGACAAGGUGCCUGCGUGGAUUGACCGGGAACUUGCAGACGGUGGGCGUGGUUCAUCAAGUCGCUGGGAAGUGCGCUACGAAUUCGACGACAACGGCAACAUGACGGCCAGCUUGGUGGAUGCGGCGUUGGACCCUCCACGUCGAAACUCCACGAGGCAGCCUCUCGGCCCUCCACCGGUUCCAUCCGGUCCCCCGCGUGGCAACCCUGGCGUCGAGGGAGCGCCAUUGGGUCCACGUGGCCGAGGAUCCAACCACUACCGCCAGGCGCCGCCUCCUCCGCCAGCCCAGACCACAUUUGACGACCGUGACCGCGACCGCGACCGCGACCGCGCCCGCGAUCGAGGCGGCUUUAUUACCACCCGCGCAGGCCCUCCUUUGCAGUACAGGCCUGUCCCAGAAGACAUCGCGCACCGCCGGCUUGCGAACAUGAAGGCGCACAUCACCAAGGACCGCCACCGAGACCUGGGCCGCCCGGACGAGAUCAACCGGUACACCUUUGAAGAUGGCGAGGUCUUCGUCGACCGCGGCAAAGAAGCCUUCAUCGGCAUCCGCCCUCCGCACCGCGAGCGCGAGCGUCGCCGUAUGGGCAUCGGUCGCGGCGGCGGCAAUCGGGCCCCACCUCCGCCUCCCCGUCGGCGCACUCCUUCCCCGCGCCGCCCAUCCCGGAACGAUGACGGCUACCGCGGCGGUGGUCGGGACGACUACGACCGGUACCGCAACCGCGACCAUGGGCGCGACCGCUUUAUCGACGAUGUUCCCCGCUCGCGCUUCGACGGUCAGCCCCUUCCCACCUUCACUGGUGGUGGCGGCGGCAGACGUGGCGGUGGCGGCAGAAGGGAGCGUUACUAG